ACUUGCGAAAUACAAUCCAAUGGAAAGCCAUUGAGUAUAUCGCUCUCGAAUAUUUAAGAGAAAUAACUAUAGACUUUACGUUUCUAAUUGUUGAAAAGAAGUGAAAUAAAACUGAGUGAAGGUAAUGAAGUUAAAAGGAGCACAAGUACUGCAAAUACUGCUGUGUUUCCAGCCGUUCACGGUGUCGACUCGAACGUAUGGUACUUCUGGCACUUUAGUAGAUUUCACAGAUCCCAAGGUUCAAGGCCAUCUAGAUGCGUUGGUCCGGAUGGCUCAAUCCUGCGUGAUCAAGGUCCGAGCCACUCCUAAAGAUGUGAGGGCGUACUUUACCAACUCAUCCCCAGUGUCCAGAUCUGGGCAAUGCUUCGCCGCAUGCAUGCUGGAGCAAAGCGACGUUAUCAACCAUGGAAAGGUCAACAGAGAACUUCUGAUACAUCUUGCGAGCCUCGUCAACGGGAAGAGCUCUCGAGUAGUCCGCAAACUAACAAGUAUCUCCCGGCUCUGCUUGGACAGCAUAGAGGGCUUGUCUGACAGAUGUCAACUGGCCUCCACGUACAACGAUUGCCUUAACGAGAACAUGAUAGAAUUUGCAUUCCCCCUCGACCUAGCUGAAGAGGCCGUGAGGAAAAUGCCCUUCCAUCUGAUACAGGCUAAUUUGCCUCAAGAAAUACGAUCGUUACAAUACUAAGAACACAUCACGUAAUUUAUCUUCAAAUAAAUCUAAUACAGAAACUAAUAAUAAAUAUACUAUAUUGUAUAAUAAAAAUUCCACGUUUAACGUGGCAUUUUUAUUUAUAUAUUUUAUUUAUUUAUUUAUU